GAUUAAUGUCAGAGGAAUAAUAAUUAUAAUAAUGUUUUUGUAUAUCUACUCAUUAUCAGUGAUGUGUGAUUAGUCAUAUUUUCGUAUGUUUUUGAGUAUAGUUACACAAAUAUCGUGUUAUAGUCGGUGUUGUCGUCUGUGAGCUCGCAGUUUCGAUGUGUACUGGCACCAUGGCUGUAGAAGGUCGGUGAAAGUGUCUGUAGAGCGACCGUGAGGCAGGUGCUCCGCGCAGACAGUGGGCGAGGAUGGGCGUGGGCCUGCAGCCGCUGGAGUUCACCGAGUGUCUCGCAGACAGCCCGCACUUCCGUGAAAAUCUCCAGCGCCACGAGAAGGAGCUCGAGCGAACGAGCCAGCAAAUCAAGAGACUCAUAAAGGAAGUGAAGGAUGUCGUGCAGGCGGCCAAACGGCUGGGCGCGGCGCAGCUGGCGCUGGCGGCCAGCAUGGAGCAGUUCGAGUUCGCGUGCAUCGGCGCCUCCAUGACGGACGACGAGCGCGUCAUCGGCCGCUCGCUGCACCACUUCGCGCACCUCAUCCGCACCAUCGAGGACGAGCGCGACAGGAUGCUGGGGCGCGCGCACGAGCAGAUCAUCCAGCCGCUGGAGCGGUUCCGCAAGGAGCACAUCGGCGCCGUCAAGGAAGGAAAAAAGAAAUUCGACAAGAAGACUGCUAAAUUUUGCCAGAGUCAGGAGCGCACCCUUUCCCUUUCCACGAAAAAGCCAGAGACCGUUUUCCAGGAGGCGGACGCGGCCAUGGACAUGGCGGAGCGCGACUUCUGCCAGGCGUCGCUGGAGUACGUGUUCCAGCUGCAGGCGGUGCAGGAGCGCAAGAAGUUCGAACUGGUAGAGACGCUGCUGGGCUUCGUGUUCGGCUGGUGGACCUUUCACCACACCGCGCACGACGUGCACGCCGACAGCGAGCCGCUCGUGCGCGACCUGCAGCUGCGCAUCCAGCGGACGCGAAGUAACUUCGAGGAGACGAGCAAGCAGACCGAGUCGCUCAUGAAAAAGAUGAUGGAGAUGCGACAAAUGAGCAAGGAGGAGGAGUGCGGCGAGGAGGGGGGCGGCGCGGCGGGCGGGGCGGGGGGCGUGGCGCGAGCCGGAUAUCUGUUCCUCAUGGAGAAGAAGGCGUUCGGCACGGCGUGGAGCAAGCACUACUGCACGUACGAGCAGGGCUCCCGGCUGCUGUCGCUGAUGCCCUACAACCAGAUCAACGUCAAAACGGUGCCCGCACUAUUUAUUAUGGUGGGCGCCAGCGACAGCGUGUGCGUGACGGGCGCGCGCGAGGCCAACGAGGCGGAGCGGCGGUUCUGCUGGGAGGCGCUGGCGGGCGAGCGGCCGCCGCUGCUGAUGCAGUCGCUGGGCGAGCGCGACCGCGCCGCCUGGCUGCGCGCGCUGCACGCCUCCGCCGCCGACCCGCCCCCGCCCGCCGCCGCCGCCGUCGCCCCCUCCGCGCCCGCGCCCUGGCCGCUCGACGACGCAGGGGCGGCCUUCGUGCGCCGCCUGAUAGCCGCCAUCGAGGCGCGCGGCCUCGAGGAGCAGGGCCUCUACAGGGUGGCGGGUGUGGCGUCGAAGGUGUCGCGGCUGGUGGGGCUGGCGCGCGCGGGGCGGCUCGGCGGCGCGGCGCUGGCGGACCCGCUGGAGUGGGACACGCGCACGCUGACGUCCGCGCUGAAGGCGUACCUGCGCGCUCUGCCCGAGCCGCUGCUCACGCGCCGCCUGCACGCGCAGUUCCUCGCCGCCGCUAAAUGUGAGCGGCGGGAGGAGCGUCUGUGCGCGUUGCACGCCCUGGUGCGCGCGCUGCCCCCCGCCAACCGCGAGCUGCUGAGAGCCGUACUGACGCACCUGCGCAGCGUGGCCGCGCGCAGCGACCGCAACCUCAUGACGGUGUCCAACCUGGCGGUGUGCUUCGGGCCGACUCUGAUGCGCGCCGAGCGCGAGACCGUCGCCUCCAUCCUGGAGCUGAAGUUCUACAACGUGCUGGUGGAGGCGCUGCUGGAGCACCUGGAGGUGGUGUUCGCCGCAGAGCCGCCGCCGCCGCCCGCCGCGCCCCCGCCGCCCCCCGCGCCCCUCCACCCGCGCUCGAUCAACGGCAUCAUGGGAGCCGCGGCCGCGCCAGCUCCCGCCUCCGUCAUGAGCCGCAACGACAUCGUGUCGUGCGCCGCGUACGCGCCGCAGCACCAGCAGCUGCUGCAGCAGUUCGGCGGCCGCGGGCGCUGCAGCUCCAGCUCCGAGUCCGUGUCCAGCCACAGCGCGUCGCCCCCGCCCCGCGCGCCGCCCGCCCCGCGCGCCCUACGCGUGCGCACACUUUACGCCUGCCUCGGCGAGAGCGAGGGCGAGCUGUCGUUCGAGCCGAACCAGAUCAUCACGGACGUGACUCCGUCGCCGGAGCCGGGCUGGCUGCGCGGCACGCUGCACGGCCGCAGCGGCCUCGUCCCCGAGAACUACGUGGAGCCGCUGCCGUAGCCCCCGCCUGAACGCCGCGCCGGCCCCCCGGCCCCCGCCA